AUGGAAGCCAACAAGGGCGAAGCGGAACGUUGUAUUCAGCUGGCUGCGGACGCGCUGUUCGCGGGGGAUGUAGCAAAGGCAGAUAAGCUCGUGAAAAAGGCAAAAACCCUCUACCCGUUACCGGUGGCAGAACUGUACCUGAAACGUCUUAAUGAGCUUGAAUCGCAAUCCGCCAACGCAACAACGCCCGGUGCUGCCAACGGUGGCUCAUCGGCUCAUCGGCGCACGGUGAACCGGGAAGCAGCGGACAUAGCAUCGGUACCUACACCGAACGUUGACUGUAGCCAGGACCACAUGGACGCCGUGAAGCGUGUGCGAGACUGCACAAACUCGUACGAAAUCCUGGGCGUUUCACGUCAUGCAACGGAUUCAGAGAUUAGGAACAGCUAUAAGAAGCUUGCUCUAAAGCUGCAUCCGGAUAAAAACAAGGCUCCGGGGGCAUCGCACGCGUUUGCGAUGCUCGCUAAUGCGUUCAACACGCUACUGGAGCCGGAGAAACGGUUGCCCUUUCGGUCCAAAACGAAGGCUAACAGUUCCUCGUCGGCGGGCCAUUUCUGUUUCAAUCGGUCGCUGUUGGCAUCGACGAUGGAGUUCUUCGAUCGAAUCCAGCUGUUAGGCUACCAUGCACGAAUGAUAUAA